AUGAAAAAGCUAGAAGAAGGCAAGCUACCUAAGAAGGUACCUUUUUAUAUAGAGAGGCCGCUGGGCACGCAGAGAUGAGGAAGGUCGCAAGAAGCAAGCAACGUCAGAAGAACUUGAGAAGCUUAAGCACUUCUAUACCUUCAUCAGAGUGCUAAUCAAAGAAGUAGACCCUUUUACUACUGAAGAUAUUGAAAUUGCUUUAUCCCAGGUUUCUGAGAAAACUGGGGGCAAGAUUUCGAAGGACGAGUGUAGAGAGCUAUUUCACGAGUUCAUACUAGAUCCCCAGAAGCAGAAGAAAAGUAAAGAAUAUUUAGAGUUCACUGAGAGUAAAAAGCGAUUUGAUUUAGUUUGGAAUUUAGAAGAUACUGAGCAAAAUAGCUUGGCUGAAUCAAGAUUUCAAGCUUAUCAUGAGCAUCUACCAAAGUCACAAGACACAGUAGAAAUUUUGAAUUUCCUGUCUACGAUACAUUCAAAUCCUCCAUUAUCUAGCUUAGAAAGACGAAGAAUCUUAAACAAAGCCCGGGAAUUAUCAGCAACCCCAAUUCCCACCUUCAAGACAAAUUCAAGGUUGAAGCAAGAAAUUCUCCCUGAAAUUUUAAGUCUGAUACCUCCAGCAGAAGACCACUUAGGCAUCCAAGACAAGCUGACACUUCUGCGAGGUAUCCAAAAACACUUACUUCCCCUCUGUGAGUGAACAAAACCAUUGGAAAAAUUCCUAUUUUUUGUUCCAAAACCCACCCUCCAUAAGCGAAAUUUUUUAUGAAAAAAAUUAUAUAAGUGACAAUUAGUAUAAGCUAAGUCUGAGUAAUUUUAAACAGCUUGCAUUUUAAACAUAAACCUUGCAAAUUAUUAAAUAUUUGCUUUCCGAAUUUUGCUAAUUUGGAUUUUUUUAAAAUUUCGAAAAAAAAAUUCACUAUAAAAUCCUAUAAAAAUUUUUAAAAAACAAAAUUAACCCCCCUUGAGCGUCAAAAUUUUUGUUCACUCACGGAGGGGGGGGAGUUAGGAGACUGGGAAAAAAUAUCUAGAGAAUUCAAAGACCGAGCUCUCAGUUUAGACGUCAUAAAGCACACUUGGAGGCGCCUCAAAGCCACCAUGCGAGAAGAAGUCAAGGAAAUCAAGAAAAGGCUGCCCCAGUACCAUUACAUCAAAUGGAUUCGAGCAGCUAUACGAAAGCUCGAAGCUCAACUAGGGAAAAGGGCGCUUAAGUCACCUCAGCCAUCACCUAUUGUAGACGCUACACAGAGGGUCAAGAAGAUCGAUAUUUUGAAUUUAAUGGCUGAUGCUGACAAUAAUAUAUGCGAAGGGUUUCAAGACAACUCAAUCUUGUCUUUAAGCUCUUCAAGCUCAUUUAAGAAGUUUGAAAAGAUCGCCUCAAAAUGCGUCAGUCCCAGCUAG